AUGGGUGAAAUGGAGCAAUUGCGAAAGGAGGCGGAUAGUCUGAAAGAUCAGAUCACUGCGGCUCGUAAGGCAGUGCAGGACACAACCCUGCAAGAAGCAGCAGCCGGGGUCACCGUAAUGGGCCGAGUCCAAAUGAAGACCAGGAAAACUCUGAGGGGUCAUCUUGCCAAGAUCUACGCAAUGCACUGGGGCACUGACUCCACGCUGUGUGUCAGUGCUUCACAAGAUGGAAAGCUCAUAGUGUGGGACAGCAUUACAACCAACAAGGUGAAUGCCAUCCCUCUCAAGUCAUCGUGGGUGAUGACAUGUGCUUAUGCGCCCUCGGGAAACCUUGUGGCAUGUGGUGGUUUGGACAACAUGUGCUCCAUCUACAACCUCAAGGGCAAGGAUGGGAAUGUCAAGGUCAUGCGUGAGCUGGCGGCACACACAGGUUACCUGUCCUGCUGUCGUUUUCUAAGUGAUAGUGAGAUCAUCACCAGCUCUGGAGACUGCACCUGUGUACUAUGGGACAUUGAGACAGGAACCCAAAAAACUGUCUUCGCUGGACACCAGGGAGACUGCAUGUCCCUUGCCGUGGCCCCAGACUUCAAGUUUUUCAUCUCAGGGGCGUGUGACUUCACAGCCAAGCUGUGGGACAUCAGGGAGGGGACAUGUAGACAGACCUUUGGAGGCCAUGAGAGCGACAUAAAUGCAAUCGGGUUCUUCCCCAAUGGUAACGCCGUGCUCACAGGGUCAGAUGACGCCACCUGCAAGCUGUAUGACCUGAGAGCCGACCAGGAGCUCAUCACGUACCAGGACUCCAGUAUCAUGUGCGGAGUGACCUCUCUGGCCCCGUCUCUGUCUGGGCGCCUGCUUCUGGCUGGCUACGACGACUUCAACGUCAACAUCUGGGACGCACUUAAAGCUGAGAGAGUUGGUGUACUUGCUGGUCAUGACAACAGAGUGAGCUGUAUUGGAGUCUCUUCAGAUGGUAUGGCGUGCUGCACAGGAUCCUGGGACAGCUUCCUCAAGAUAUGGAACUGA